UCGACGACAGUUGGCUCCGAAUGCGUCGGGAAUCGUACACAGGAACUGUACUCCUUGUGUACGUGUAAUACCGCACACGACGGUAUUCGUGGAACACGUACACACAUACAGAAGAACUUUUUCUCCCGGAAAUCCUAGUCGACGUUCACGUCGGGCACCAAGCUUUUGUGAAAUGUCAAGCACCGUACAUUAUGAUGGGUUGAAUGUCUUCGAGAAAACUGUCAGAACGAUCGUAAACGAUAGAGCACGACUCGAAAGCAGAGGCGAACCAGUGAGAGGAAUAGCACGGACGGGGAAAAGUGGGAGUGAAAGUGGAAAAAUUUGCUUUUUCGAAAUUACACAAGGUACAGAGGCACGAUCCUAGUGAAACGUUCAAUUGCUAAUGUUUCGCGGGAACGAUGGAGCCCGAAGAACCUUUGAUACAAGGGAUCCUGCUGUUACCACCACAGGGCAUGUUAGGCCAACUCAAGAAAACAUGGCACAAAAGAUUCUGUCAGUUGUUUAGAACUAGCAAUUAUGGGAUCAAACGUGUGGAAAUAUAUGAUAAUCAAGAAGAAGCUGUAUUGCAACUUCAUGCUCCUCGCAUCAUUACAUUAGAUGCAUGUAUUAAAAUUGCACCCAGUAAUCAGUCCCAUGUAUUUACUGUUGUGACAAAAUCAGGGAUUCAUUAUUUUGGAUGUUAUUCCGAAGUAGAUAUGAGUCAUUGGAUUACUGCAUUUCAGUUAGUAGCAUUUAAAGAUAGUGUAUCCAAUCAAACAAUAGAGGAAAACAAUGAUCUAUACUGUACAAGUGGAGAAGGAGUAUUUUCUGUCAAAGUUGUAGAAACAGAUGCAUCUAAACGAUGCGGCUUAGAAACCAGAAAUUAUACCCUUGUGGUAGCUGCAGUUGAUAUUAAAUUAAUGGAUGGUGAUGUAGUCCUUUUCACUUGGCCAUAUAGAUACAUUAGAAGAUAUGGUUACAAAGAUGGAAAGUUUAUUUUUGAAGCAGGAAGAAAAUGUGAAUCAGGAGAAGGUUCAUUUCGCUUGGAACACAGCAGCCAGCAAGAGAUCUUUCGAUGCAUGUACUCUAAAAUGAGAUCAAUGAAAAAAUUACUGAAUGAAGAAAGUAAUCCAAGCAUUGACUGUAAUGAUGCUCAAUAUCAUGCUGCCUUAUCAAUGGAGGCUGGUUCCAGAGCAGCAUUACCUCCUUCUCCAAAUAGCUCUUCUAAUUUAAUUGAUAUUGACUUUUCACCACAAAAUUCUCAGAAACACUCAAACUCUUCUUCAAAUGUAGAUAGCGGUGUAUCUACUAAACCAUCUUCAUCUAUUGGAAGAUCAAAACCUGCAAAGCCGCCGCGUAAAUGUGUUUUCACGGGCUUGUUAGACAAGAAGAAUGUAGACUCUGAAUUGUCUGACUCAUCUGCAUGUGGAGAAUAUAAGGCAUUGGAUACCUCGCCGGAAUUAUCGCAAAAAACAAUUGGUAGUUCUAUCCUUAAUGAUGAAGAGAAACAUCCUUAUGAUCUAGUAGAGGUGAGAAAUGAUGCUUGGAAAACACAUGGAAUCGAUAACAUACAUCACACAGAGAGAGCAAACUCGUUAUUACAUAAUGACAAAAAUAAAGAAAAUGAGGAUGAUUUCCAAUAUGAAACUAUGAUGCCUUUUGUAUCUUCUCAAAGCUCUUCAAAGAGUAAGUCUAGUAUUACAGAUAGUCCAGUAGUGACUACUUCCGCGAUAAGCCAGAUACCUUGCAAGUCCAGUGAUGAAUCAGAUUAUGAUAAACUGGAGCAUUUUGGUUCUGCAACCAAGCUCAGUCAGAAAUGCGCAUAUAAGUUCGGAAAUUUUAGUGGUGCAUCACAAACCUCACAUUCCAACAUUUCUAUAAAUACUUCGGUAGCUGAUACCAAUACUGCAUGGUCAAACUAUGAUAUUGUUGAGGACAUGUCUGCUGUGAGGCUGGCAGAUGAUAGUCACCUUGGAUAUGGUGUUAUUAGAAAGAAAUCAAAUCAUUCUGAGUCUGCUUCUGGCAGCAGUACCGUGGGUCCAAAGCAUAAAGUCUUUAAUAAUAGUGAAUAUGCGAUCGUGUCAAAACCAAAAAGGCUACACGGAGAAAACAAACGAGCGCCCCAGAAAGAGUUGCACAGGGUAGACCAGUAAGACGCGCAGCGGGUCAAAGAAAUGCCAGACGUCGUAUGCAAGCUAAUGUCAAUGAACAGGAGGCUGAUGACGAAGAUGCAUCU